GAUUGAUGAUGUCAGCCCAGAAGGAAAGUCUUCAGAGGCGAAGCAAGUAUCUGUCUCGUGACUCUGCAGGAUGAGCAGCACAUUUGUGACCCUCGCCGAGGUGCUGGAAGCUAGAAGAGGACCGCUGGAAGAGGACGAGGUGUGGUCCCUAUUGCUGGGCUCGGCUGAAUCGCUUGUGGAUCUUUCCUACAAAGGUAAAACAAAUAUCUGCAAUAUUAUAACUCCUGCAUCACUGCUCUUGUCAGCGACUGGAAUGCUGGCAUUCAAGAACUGUGCCAUGACAGAUGAGGUGUGUGCCUUCACAGCCCCAGAAAUGCUGCAAGGCCGUGCCAUCUCUACCAAGCUAGCUAUGGAGAAGAUAAUUGUGUAUUCUCUCGGUAUGACUCUAUACUGGUCAGUUGACUAUCACCUCCCUCAAAACCAGCCCAUUCAGUUAAGUGAUUCUCUGAAUUGCCUUCUCCUGAGCAUGUGUGAGGACAUGGCCCAUCGACGAGCAAACCUCAACUCCAUCUUGGAGAUGUGUGAAUCACACCACAAAACUUCUCUCCUGCCUCCUCCCAACAAGGUCAUCAAACAGCUGGUCGAGGAUGUCUUCCAUGACUCUGUGGACCGAGCUGCUUUAACUGACAAUGUUGUGCAGUUGAGUGGCAAAAGUCAGAUGGUCAGAGAAAGACUUCAUGGUAAGCGUGGACCAUAUACUGGUUAUACAGAGGAGAGCACAGCUCCAGGAAAGACUCAUAAACUGUUUCUGGACUCUGAGACAAAGCAAGGAGAUUCCCAUCAACCGAAAACCUGGUCUCUCAAAAGUAGACUUUGUCAGACUCCGGCCUAUCAGGGCAACUCAAACAGAAAUCCUCAGGAGCUUUAUCACAGACAAAGCACAAGUUGUUGGCUGUCACAGAGUACGUACCUCAACGUUCCUAACAAGAGUGAAGCCAGACCUUCCAGUCUGUCUAUUAUUGUCAGUGAGUCUGCAGUCAGCCUCUCCCAAAGGAAAGCUAAGAGUCGUGGCCCUGAGUUUAUCAAAAUGACUGAUGAACCUCAGAUUGUUUUAGAGCUGCCUGGAUCUAUAGUGUCGAAGAAAGGCAAGUCAGGCUUGUCUCAAAGGGAAGUUAACGUGAUCAUGCCAAAUGAGCAGUGUUUGGCAGUGAAGUGUGACAUCAAGUCCCGUGGGAGAGAUGUCUUCGACAUGGUUGUGGCUCACGCUAACCUUGUGGAGCACUUUUACUUUGGCCUUGCUUUCAUUGAUGAUGGUGAAUUUUUCUUUUUGGAUCACGAAACAAAAAUCUCCAAAGUUGCACCAGAUUCCUGGAAGAAAGUGGCUUGUGCCACAUUUACCCUUUUUCUCUGUGUCAAAUUCUUCCCUGAUGACAUCUCCUACAUAUUGCAUCGGCUUACACGUCACCAAUACUAUCUCCAGUUGAGGAGAGACAUUCUGGAGGACAGAGUGUACUGUAAUGAAGAAACAGCAUUGUUUCUAGCAGCUCUAGCACUGCAGGCUGAGUUUGGAGACUACAUGCCUGAAGUUUAUGGGAAGAACUAUUUCCAGAUGGAGCAAUACAUCUCUAAGAGAGUCAUAGAGAAAGUGGCCUUGCCGUGUUUAAGAGAGGAGUUGCCAAGGUUACAUGCCAAUAAUGCCCAGAUGCUUCCAGAGGAGGCUGAGGUGGAGUUCUUAAAGAUUGCACAGCAGCUACCAGAGUAUGGGGUGCUGUUUCACAGAGUUGCCCGGGAAAGAAAGCCUGUUAUUGGAGAGCUGAUUUUGGGAAUUUUUGCCAAAGGAAUUCUGGUUUAUGAAGUCAAGAGCAAUUCUCGGAUAUUAAGCCGCAGAUUUUAUUGGUCAGAGACGGACAGUCUCUCAACAAGUAGAAGAAAAUUCACCAUUGAGUGCAGCCCGAGUGGAAAGAAGCACUCGUUUGUGACAGAGAGCUCAAAGAUUGCACAAUACCUGCUGAACCUCUGCUCAGCCCAGCACAAGUUUCACAGUGAGAUGACCUCUCGUCAGCUAACCUACUCUUUAGCCUCAGAUGACAACAUUGCAAAAUAUACUUCAAUAUACCGUGCACGACGUGAUCAGAUAAAGCGCUUGUCAUGCUCUGAGAUAGUGCUCAAUAAUAUUGGUUUGAGCGCAUUACCAAAUGACUGCAUGAGCAAGUCCUGUGAUGACCUGACAGCAAAAAUCAGGGUUCGGAUACAACAGCAAAAUGAAAACAAUUAUAUUUCUGAACCGAGAGCUCUGAGUGAACUGAAAGACCAUAGCCAAAGCUGCAGCCCACCGGAAACUUUCAGUCCUCCAGUCUACCGGAUAAUGUCCAGCGUCUCUUUGCAAAAGCAGGACUCAGAGGUUCAUUCUACCACAUCAUCUAUAAGAGUGGACACUCCCACAAGAACAACCCCAGAGAGAGAAAUCAUCUGUGUAACUCUGAAGAAAGAUCCCAAGUUUGGCUUUGGUUUUGUAAUAGUUGGGGAAGACAACACAGGAAAUUUAGAUCUUGGCAUUUUCAUUGCAUCCGUCGUUCCCGGCGGGCCAGCUGAUAAGGAUGGAAGAAUCAGACCAGGUGGUCGGUUGAUCUCUCUGAAUAAGAUCAGUCUAGAGGGCGUGAUGUUUAAUACAGCUGCUACCAUCCUGCAGAACAGCCCAGAUGAAGUGGAGCUCAUCGUGUCCCAACCCAAACGUACUAAGACCUCUCUGACUACAAAUAAUCUAGGGAUGAUGCUGGAAAGAGGCUUUGACUCCCAAAGCACACUGAAUACAGAGUACAGGCCUGUCAUGGAGGAACUGGAAGAGACCCUAUCCAAUAUCAUGGCUCCAAAAAUGGGGAAAAAGCUGCACAUACCUGUGGUGCGGAUUCUGGAUAUUCAGGAUGAGCUCUCCAGCACCUCUUCCAGCUUUAGCCUGAAGCCAGGUGAAGUGAUCUACAUGGAGCUCAGAAAGAUCAACGGCAGCUUGGGAAUCAGUGUUGCUGGAGGAAUCAACACUAAUGUACGGCAUGGUGGAAUCUACAUCAAAAGUGUGAUACCAGGAGGAGCAGCAGAUCAUGAUGGAAGAAUACAGAUUGGUGACAGGCUACUGGAGGUAGACAGCUGUAACCUGCGUGGUGUCACCCACAGGCAGGCGGUCGAGUGCCUGAAGAGGACAGGAGAGGUGGUGCGCCUGGUUCUGGAGAGAGAACCUCCGGUGGUGUUGGACAGUUCAAGUGCCUCAUCCACGCUGGAGAGGCAGAGAUCUUUUUCACCACUCAGUGUGCAGAGCGCCCCCACCCCCCUAAGGAGAGAUGUGGCCAUGGAAACGUCCUUGUCUGUCAGGGCUAAGGACUUCAGCUUUGUGUCAGAUGAGAACACUGUGGAGGUGACUGUACAGAAGAGUGAGAGUGGCUUGGGGUUCAAUUUCCUAAUAUCUGAGCCGAGUCCUUAUGAGGGCAGCAUGGUCCAUAUUAAGAGCCUCUCUUCUGCUCAGCCUACGGGGGACUGUGGGCUUCUGAAGGAAGGAGACAUAAUCCUGGCUGUCAAUGGGGAACCUGUUAGAGGCCUCUCCUAUGAGGAAGUUCUGCAUCUCCUCCAGAAAUCUCCAUCUGAGGUCAGGCUGUCAAUCUGCAGACCGUCACAGGAUGAACGUCUGGAUACUGGCACCUCCCUGCGUCUUUCUACACUUCCAACCCGUGAACUGAGAUCCAAGUCUCUAGACCUGCAAGCAAGGUCUGUCGCUCCAGACUUCCGAGAAUUCCUCAAGAAGAGGGCAGUGGAGAUGGGCCAAAGGAAAGAAGUUUCCCCGGAGAAAACCCAGGAGAUCACCGUGACCCAACAGAGCCAAGACAGUGAGCUGGUGGAUAAGACUACAUCUAGCCCUUCAUGUCCACCUUCACUUCCAUCCUCAGUUGAAACUGGACAACCAAAACCUCAUGCCAUGAUGGAAGAGGAGCAUAAGAACAAAACCCCACCCUCAACUCCGCCCCCAACUCCAUGCACUCUUAAAGUGACAACUGCCAACACCACGCCAACUCCAGUAGCCCCUGAAGCAGCAAUUACAUGCCAUAUGAAAGAGUCAAAAGAUGAUACCAGUCAUAGCUCAGCUUAUACCAGUCAUUCCAGUGAAGGUAUGGAAAGGAGCGCUUCAGUUUUCACAGCUCAUGGCCUGACUGUCAUAGCUGAUGAAGAAUACUUGACCAUCAGCACCACAGCACCCUGUCCCCCUAGCUGCAGCACUGCUGUCUCCAGUGAUCUGCCUCCCCCACCACCCCUUUCUCCAUCAUUGUUAAGCACACCUCCACUCUACCAUGAAGUACCUCAACUAGCAUCCCCACCAGAACCUCAGGCUCCUGCCCAGUCCACUACCCCCUCAACUAGCAACAACGGCUGGGGCAAUGAAGAUGAGGAGGACGAUGAAGAUCCCCAAAAGGGCAUGUUGAAGGAAUUUGAAUUGACCGUCUCACUCACCAAAUCGUGGUGUGGCAGCUUUGGUUUUACAAUCACCAGGAGUAAACUGGACCAUUGCUAUUAUGUCCAAGAUGUCCUGGAUAAUCCUGCCAAAGCAGACGGAAGACUGAGAGCAGGAGACAGGCUUGUCCUGGUGAAUGGUCACAAUGUGACUAAUGUGACAGAUGAUGUAGCUAUUAGAAUUCUCAGGUGCUCCUCCAAAAGACUGCACAUGGUGGUGUGCAGAGCUGUGCAAAAUCUGCUGCCCCCACCGCCUCCUGACACACUCAAAGACAUUGUAAUACCCAAGACUCCAUCAGGACAACUAGGUAUCAAGCUCACAGGGGGCAUUGGCAGCAAGUGGCAGGGAAUCUAUGUUCUGGAGGUGGUGCCAAGCUCACCCGCUAGUGAGGAGGGCAGCAUCCAGCCCAAUGACAAGAUUGUUUAUAUCUGUGGGAAGUGCACCCUGGGAAUGACACUGGAGGAUGCAGUGAAAGUAUGUGAGAGUGCCCCACGCAAAGUCAGAUUCAAAGCUAUGAGAGAUGAUCAGCCAGUAACACCAAUGGGUAAAUGGAAUGGUUUGUUUGAUUGGAAGAAGGAGAAAAAGCUGUUCCCUCAUCUAGAGGAGCCCAGCUCACCUGAUGUGGAGGCAGCUUCUGCAGAUGUUAAACUUGUUGCUGAGAGUGCCUCACGAUUCAGGGAAAGGCUCUCUGUGACAUCAGAGCAGGAGAGCUGUAUUGUACAGGUGGAGUUCACCAAGCCAGAAAGGGGUGGGCUUGGCUUUGCUCUGGUGGGUGGAGUCAACGGGAGCACACUGAGAGUGAGGGAUAUUUGUUGCGGAGGCGUGGCUGAGCAGGAUGGUCGCUUGCGAGUGGGAGACAUCCUUUUAGAGGUGAAUGGCAUCAUUGUGUCAGGGCUGAGCCACAGUAAAGUGGUGGAUAUUUUGCGGAAGGCAGAAGGCACGGUUCAGCUGAUCGUAUGUAGGGACAUCCUGCCCCUGUCAACCUGCUCUGGUUCCAGCUCACCUGCUGAGGCCUCUCAAGAAUUAAACGCAUCAAACUGUGCAGAUGUUAAAGCACAUACAGACACACACGCUGAUCAUGUGUCUUUCCAGCCCUCAGAAUGUCAUGGUCUUGGAGGGGAAUGUGAGCAGGAUAGUCGAAACUGGACACCAACUUGUCAGAGGUGUUGUCCGUCUCUGGGAGUUACGAACAUGCUACAGGAAAGGACAAAUCCCCCGAAGCAGCAUCUAGAACAUUCUGCCAUGAGCAAAGAGCAUAGCCAGUCAGACGGCUGGAGCAGUGAUGAGGAAGAUGAGGGUGAUGAUGACGACAAUGCUUAUCUUCCAUCGCCACAAGAGACAGUUCCUCAUACAGGUCGACCAGUCGUGUCAGAAGAUGAGCUUGUCAGUCUUGCAGUGAUAUCCCCUUCUAAGAAUGGCCAGUACUCUGGCUCCCGUGUCAAAGCCCUCAUCCAGGCCCUAGAACAGUUGGACAAGCAAGACCUCAUCAAAGAGUUUAUGGCCUUAGAGCAUUUGAAACCCUCAGACAACUGCCUGGUUGGAAAAGCACCUGAAAAUCGUGAGAAGAACAGAUACAGAGAUAUCCUUCCCUAUGAUAAAACACGUGUUCCUGUUGGAGAGAAAGAGGACUACAUCAAUGCCAGCUAUAUUCGUAUGAAGGUGGGCACAGAGGAGUUCUUCUACAUCUCCUCUCAAGGCCCAUUACCUGGCACGCAGGAUAACUUCUGGCAGAUGGUAUGGGAGAACAAGACCGAUGUUAUUGCCAUGAUGACACAGGAGGUGGAACGUGGCCGGGUCAAAUGCCACAAGUACUGGCCUGAGAAGCUCAAUGUUCCCGAAGAAACGAGCCGUUACCAGCUCAUCCUGGAUAACUACCAGAUGCUUGGCUAUUUCCACAUUAAGAUCAUCAAAAUGGUGGAAAAAGAGAGUGGAGACAUUCACUUUGUGAAGCAUCUGAAGUUCACCACAUGGCCUGACCAUGGCACGCCCCACUCCUCUGAGCAGCUGGUGCGAUUCAUUCGCUACAUGAGGGCUGUACACUCUAAAGGGCCAAUCACGGUCCAUUGCAGUGCAGGCAUUGGCCGAGCUGGGGUUCUUAUCUGCACUGAUGUCAUUCUAAGUCUCAUUGAGAAAGACUUGAGUAUCAACAUAAGUGACAUAGUCAAGGAGAUGAGACUUCAGCGGCAUGGCAUGAUUCAGACCAAGGAACAGUACCUCUUCUGUUACAAAGUCUGGCUGGAAGUGUUGCAGAGCAUCUCACUCCUUCAUGGUAACCACUAGCAACCCGAAACCUCUUCACGAAUGAAUCCUUAAAGACUUGCAAUUGUUUCCUGAGUAAGGCAACAAUAUAUGUGUUUUUGAGGGUAGAAAUGAUGUGUGACUUUUUCUGAUGUUGAUCAUGUGUGUGUCUGAUAUAGGACGAGCACUUGUUCCACUAAUUGAGUAUUGAAAACAUCAUAGAAAAUAUGUUACAAAUGUUCAUUAACUGUGCAAUGUCCUUGUGUGAUCUGAUUUAUAUUUUUCUACCAUUUCUUUGGCUUAAAACACUGAUAACAUAGCCUUUUCGAACUCUUAGUCACUUUGCCUUGAAUGUGUGGUAGUAUUUUUUUUUUUUUUUUAAAGACAAAAAUGUGUGUACGUAUUAGUCAUUAAUUUAAGCUGCUUUUCAUUAAUUCCAAAAAUGUUUGCAGUAUUUCAUUGAUUUAUAUUGUAUACAGUAAUUCAGCCUCAAACCAAGUGCAUAAAAGUCUAAAUUUAUGCUUUGAAGACUUCAUUACCCGAACUGAAAUAUGUGACGUUUUCUUAAAGUAUUGCAUUGUUUCAACUCAACAGUAUUGCAUUGUGUCAAAUUUAAGUAGCUGUGAGAGAGGCCACUAGACAGACACUUUAAAAUAAAUUUUAGCAAAGUGCCUUUUAAUUUCUCUAUGUGGCCAGCUCACCGCUGAUGUUUCGUUAUCAGGACUCUCUGAUUAAAGCAAGCUGUUUUACCUAUUAGUUCAUAUAGACCCCAUUUACACCUGGAAUUAAGAUGCGUCUCGUGAUCCGACGUGGUCAGGUGAGACAAACUGCUGUUUGCACCUGGUCAUGUAAAUGCGUCUCCUGUGACCACUUGUGAUCAGAUUUGGAGGGGAUGGACUCUGUUUCAUGAUGACAUACAUCAAUCACUAUGUCAGUGUGUUAAUCCAUGACAUUAAAGUGUAACAAAGUCAGAAAAGACAAAGAAUAUGCAUAAAAAACUGCACUCUAUUUCUCCAAGAUGCAGCUGAAAUUUAAUCUAAACACAAAAGCAACAUUUCAAGCAGAAUUGUCAUGUUAUUUUAGUGGAUUACCUGUAUUAAACUGAGCUGCAGAUGUUCGUGCCUCUCGUAAAUCCCUGCAUGUUGAUAUCAGACACACUGAAGAAGAUCUGUGAAGUUCUCAUUCUUGUGUAUAUAUCCACUUUUUUUAAUUUUUCUAUUGGAUGUUUUUUUCCCCUUUAAACCACUCGUAACCAGUAAAGUUUAAACUGUUGUUUUAGUGCAGCAGUUGACUGACAGGUGAGGGGAGGCCCUUCGCUGCUGCCGGGACGCAUACAGGAUGGAUUAGCGUUUACAACUUGAAUGUGAUGCGGUCAUAUGCGUUUUUCAAAUUCGAAUGUGGUUUUUGUGGUCGGAUCACCAAAAACACAUCUUAUUACCAGGUGUCAACAGAGUCAUAAGGUCAGAGCAGAAAGAGUUAAUCCAAAGAAAUAGGACUGAUGCUUAGAGAUUACAUACCACAGCCUUCUUAUCUGUAUGUGUAGCCUCUAAAAGUCUGCCAGCAGGCGAAAUUCUAUGGAAACCAAUAUGUCGACAUUGGACAGCAGAGAAAGUAUCUGCUUACACAUGUAAUGGAGAAAGAACUGCUUACAGUAAAUCAUCUUCAGUCAUCAAUUGCACAAUAUUAAGCAACAAAUGUGAGAAUGGAUUGACAAUGGCAAUGGACCAAUAUUCUGUGAUAUUUUAGUACUGUUUUGUAACAAAUCUGAGCUUAAUGCAAACCUACAGCACAAUAAUUAGCUGCACAAUAAUGUCUUAAACUGUUUAUUGUAGAGCACAUCAGAGCUUUUAAGGAGGUUAAUCCUCCCAUUUAGUUUGAUCACAUUUGAUUUAUUUGUAUUACUUUUCAGCAGGCUUUGUGAAAAGGUGAUCCUAUCACUGUACUACUGUAUUACACUAUAAAAUAUUAACCUUUACUUUGAUUGAAAGCUCCAAUAUAAGCUAUGGUUAUGAUCUUCGAUGUAUCAGACAUGUAUUACUCUAUUACUGUACUAAUUUUUACAAAUAAAUAUUAG